AUAGGACUGCCUGGCGUAAUAGACUUGGGAAGGUCGAGGCUCUUUCAUAGGGCUGUAGCACCAUUGAUGGUGAUGAAAUAGUAUAUUAGUCUCUAUGAUGACUGACACUCUGGAUGGAGACGUUUCGACAGGGUGUGUCACGCACAUAAAAAAGGAAUUGGAUGGCUUUCAUGAGUGCUCUCCGUCUAAUAGCGACAUGUACUCCCCCACAACGACAACUACGACAGUCUUAAAUGAUAAUAGUAUUAAGUCUUCAAACAGUGAGGCCGACUUUCACGAAAAAAGUUAUGACCGAAAUAUCAGAUCUCCGACUAGUCAGAACGGCAGUAUUGUUCUUCAACGACUCAACCUCAUACAGACUCAGGGAUAGGACACAUAGAAGGAGAAAUUAAAGAAGAGGAUUCUCCUCGAAGAUUGUGUCUUGUUUGUGGAGACGUAGCUUCGGGAUUCCAUUAUGGAGUAGCUUCUUGUGAAGCGUGCAAAGCAUUUUUUAAAAGGACAAUACAAGGUAA